GAUAAUCCAGGUAAGUCUUUAAUGCUGGAGAUGUGCUGGAGGAGACGAGUGGAGGGGAGGCGGGUGGAGAGAUUGCUAAUUGUGGCCUACUAAUCCAACCCCUCCCCCACUUUCACCCACCUCCACAUCCUCCUCUAUGUCACAUAUGAGGAAGGCCAGGCACAUAUAGAAGGAAAGGCACUGCACCCUGUGAAGUGAAGAACAAGUAUUUUGAGGGAAGAGGAUCCAAACAGAAACAGUGGACAGUAAGAAAACCAAACGCUACUUGGAUAUAUCCCAUAUAGAAUGUAGCUGCGCCUUUUUAUCUCUCUCCACAUCCUCUUCCUACCACAAAAUUCACAGCACCAUGGGAGAAGUCCAAAAGGGUUUGUUUUCAGUCAUUGAGAAGCUAAAAGGCACUACAGAGCAAGAGCUGCGGAUAGUCCUUCUUGGCCUUGAUAAUGCUGGAAAAACCACUUUGUUAAAACAACUCGCCUCGGAAGAUGUGAACACCAUCACUCCAACUCAGGGUUUCAACAUUAAAAGUGUGACCUGUGAUGCCAUGAAGCUGAAUGUGUGGGACAUUGGAGGACAGAGGAAGAUUCGCCCAUUCUGGAAGAAGUACCUGGAGAACACAGAUUUAUUGAUUUAUGUGAUUGACAGUGCAGACAAAAAGAGAUUUGAAGAAACAGGCAUAGAGCUCUCAGAGCUCAUCGAUGAAGAGAACCUGAAGGGUGUGCCAUUGCUCAUCUUUGCCAAUAAACAGGACCUGGCCACAGCCUCUCCGGCCAAUGAGAUUGCCGAAGGCCUCAACCUGCACACAUACCGGGACAGAGAGUGGCAGAUCCAGGCCUGUUCUGCCAUAUCUGGGGAGGGUGUACAGGAUGGCAUGAACUGGAUCAGUAACAAUAUUGUAAAUAAGAAAAAAUGAAUCUGCUCAUUUCCAAGUGUUAUUUUGUAAAAUUUCUCUUAUUAUUCUGUUACUGUAAUCCACAUAUAAAAUAUUUACUUCAGAAAACUCUUUUUGUAAUUAUAUUUAUGAUAUUUCUUCCUGUUUGUAAAUUUCGCUGUCAGGUUUCUGAGAAAUAUGACAUACCAGGGCAUAAAUAAUGCACACAAGCAAGAUUUGCAGCCUAAAAUAAGGAAGAUGCACCCGUCUAUCACAAAUAUAUAGUCUUCUUAAGCAGUUUUGAUAGUUGUCACACCUAAGAAAUAUCUUUAACAGAGAAAAACUCUUGCACUUUGUGUAAGGCUUUUUUUUUGUUGUGUUUUUUUUUGGUCUCAGUAUGAAUGUAUUUGGUAGUUUCUAUGAAUAUCCUGUGUGGACAUCUUGUG